UUGGAUUCGGUUUUGGGUUUUUAUAAAAAUCGAAAAUCGAAUAAGAAACCAAAUUUCCGGCCCAAAAGAGCAUAAGCCCAGUUCAUCCCUUAGCCAGGCUUCCUACUACCCUUUAUAUAUAAGCUAAAAAAAACCCUAAAUACCUUUCUUUCUCCUCUCUUUCACUCCGCCUCUUUCAUUCCCCUUUCUUAGUUUCUUUCUCUCUCCUUUUGUUCUUAGAUCCCUUUGUUUUCCCCUUUUCUCACGCUCAAAAUUUUCAACUAAUAAUCCUCUUUCUGUAUCUUACAAGUUUAGCCCAUUUUUUCUUUGACUUCUUUUUCAACCGCAACUUUCUCAAAGACAGCCAUGACAACCGCUACAGCAACUGGUUGCCGGCAAGGGUUUUUUUCAAGAAUGUUUUGAAGAAAUCGCGGGGGAAAUGCUUCAAAGUUGUUGAUUUUAAUUAAUUGUGUUAUAAUUUAUAAUUUAACCUUUUUUAUUUUGUUUAUAAUGUAUUUUAUUUUUCUGGGUAAUGGGUUGCUGGAUCUGAAAUUCUAUCUAAAUUCAUGGUUAGUUUGAUGUAAUUGCUUGUAAAUAUUAAAUGUGAGACUGUAUAAGGGUAAAUUUUAAGCCUUGUUAAGUUAAUUUAUAAUUUGUAAUUAAAUUCGUAUGAAAUUGCAAUAAUUUUAAUAAAAAAAUCACAGAUCUACAAAAGUAGCCCAAAAUUAUUUCGGUUUCUGGAUUGGAUUCGGAUUUUGGGUUGAAAAUUCAGUUCGGUUUGGAUUGGACUAAAGUUCUAUUCGGUUUGGUGUAUAAUCCAAACCGAAAUCCGAACUCUCACCCCUACUCCCACGCUCCCACAUACCACGCGCACUCGUACCAUGCUCCCUCUGUCCCCACUUAUGAACUUUAGUGGCAAGAAAAUAUAUUCUAAAGAACACCUUGAUUUUUUGCAGGUUGAGGUUGGCGUUCGUGUGCUGGUGAGCCCUAGACCGGAGCACCUACCAGAGCUUGUUCGGUCGUUUGGACACCACUACCAGGGAAUCAUUUGUUUAAAAAUGAUUCUCGCUACUUGUAGUUCGUUGAUUGCUGGUUAUGCAAUCAAUGAACUACUAUCUCACCCAGAGGCUUUCAGGAGAGACUUGUUGGCUCAGCUGGCUAUGAAAGCCAGUGAGUUCUACUUGGUGGUUGAUGAUGUUUCCAUCAUCAAGGCUAAGUUUGCUGGAAAUGCCAGUCCAUCCUCUUCUGAGCCUAGUACUCUGUCACUUCUUCCCGCCUUCAAAAUUGGUUACGCCAAACUUAUAUGGUAAUCUUGUGUCUAAUGUUGCUGCUGGUAUUGCUGGAGGAACUGGGGUCAUGCCAGGAGGUAAUGUCGGUCCUGAGCAUGCUGUAUUCGAGCAAGGUGCUUCAGCUGGAAAUGUUGGGAAGCUGGAAUUGGUGGAGCAAAAGAAGGCAAAUCCUGUUGCUCUGCUUCUCUCUUCAGCCAUGAUGUUGAGGCACCUUCAGUUCCCUUCGUUUGCAGAUCGAUUAGAGACUGCUGUGCAGCAUGUAAUCGAAGAGGGCAAGUACCGAACCAAGGAUCUUGGUGGUAAUAGUACUACUCAACAAGUUGUUGAUGCCGUUUUAGCCAAUCUGGAUUGAUGAUCUACUGACAUUUCCUUACCAUACUGCACAUUGUUUCGGUCGUUUCCUUGCAACAUAACAAGUGAUUCUUUUCGGGGAGAUAAUUCUCUCCUUGGCAGAGUUCCCUUUUUGAAACUUUUUUGGGUAUGGGAAAUUUUUUUUAACUUUCCUUUAUCAGCUACUGAAGUUUUGCGUUCUCUUAGAAUUGAGGAUUCAUUAAUACCAAAUCUUUGUUACGAUUACACUGAAACUACUUCAGUAAUAAAUUUUGAUUUUCAGUCUUUAUUUUAAA